GAGAAGGGAAUGCGAGGUGUUCGUCUUGGCGUUCGUUGGGUUACGAGAGGUGGCCGCCGGUGAGAGCGACUGCACAGGUGUGAUUCCACAGGUGUGAUUCCACAGGAGCGUGCAAGCGUCACACAGGUUUCGGGGUCAUUUUUUCAAGCGUGGGCGUGGGUGCGAGCGUCGCCGCGAACGUCGAGGAUGUCAAACUCCACCGUCAACUUCUACGCCCUGGCUCGGUCCUUCAGCUCCCCUGACAUUAUCGUCAUAGUAACCUACUUUCUACUCAACAUCGCUGUCGGCAUCUGGUCAUCAUGCAGGGUGAGCAGGAAUACCCUGAGCGGAUACUUCUUGGCUGGACGGGACAUGGCGUGGUGGCCGAUUGGAGCGUCUCUCUUUGCCAGUUCAGAAGGCUCAGGCCUGUUUAUUGGUUUGGCCGGUACCGGAGCAGCAGGAGGCAUCGCUGUCACUGGUUUUGAAUGGAACGCCACCUAUGUGCUGCUGGCUCUGGCCUGGGUAUUUGUGCCUGUCUACAUCUCCUCAGGGAUCGUGACGAUGCCAGAGUACCUGGGCCGUCGCUUCGGAGGAGAGCGGAUCAGGACCUACCUGGCCGUCCUCUCACUGCUGCUGUCCGUCUUCACAAAGAUAUCAACUGACCUGUACUCUGGAGCCUUGUUUGUCCAGGUGUGUCUGGGAUGGAACCUCUACCUGUCCACCGUCCUCAUGCUGGUGGUCACGGCUCUCUACACUAUAGCAGGUGGUCUCGCCGCUGUGAUCUACACCGACACUCUGCAGACAUUCAUCAUGAUUAUCGGGGCGAUCAUCCUCACCAUCACUGCCUUCAACAAGAUCGGCGGCUACAGCAACCUGGAGCACGUGUACAGCAUGGCGAUUCCGAGUAAGAUCAUCCCCAACAGCACCUGCCACCUGCCGCGUGAGGACGCCAUGCACCUGUUCAGAGACGCCGUCACCGGAGACCUGCCCUGGCCCGGCAUGACGCUGGGGCUCACCAUACUGGCCACCUGGUACUGGUGCACUGACCAGGUGAUUGUACAACGUUCCCUGUCCGCUAAGAACAUCAGUCACGUGAAAGGAGCGUCGAUCCUCGCUGCUUAUCUGAAGAUGCUGCCCUUCAUCUUCAUCAUCCUCCCUGGCAUGAUCAGCCGAGCUCUCUAUCCAGACACCGUGGGGUGUGUGGAUCCAGAGGAGUGUGUGCGGGUGUGUGGAGCCGAGGUGGGAUGCUCCAACAUCGCCUUUCCCAAACUGGUCAUCGAACUCAUGCCAAGUGGCCUGCGUGGACUCAUGAUAGCGGUGAUGAUGGCGGCUCUGAUGUCGUCGCUGACCUCCAUCUUCAACAGCAGCUCCACACUCUUCACCAUGGACAUCUGGAAGAAGCAUCGCCAACGGGCCUCGGAGAAAGAGCUGCUACUGGUCGGCAGGAUCGUGACCGUUAUCCUGGUGGUGGUGAGUGUGGUUUGGAUCCCCAUCCUGCAGUCGGCCAACAGCGGCCAGCUGUACGUUUACAUCCAGUCGGUGACGAGCUACCUCGCUCCGCCCGUCACCGCGGUCUUCACCCUGGCCAUCUUCUGGACGAGGACCAAUGAGCAGGGCGCCUUCUGGGGCCUGAUGGUGGGCUUGGUGGUGGGCGUGUGCAGGAUGGUGCUGGAGUUCGCCUUCCCGCCUCCCAGGUGUGGAAUCGUGGACUCGGCGCCCGCGGUCCUGCGCAGCGUCCACUACCUCCACUUCGCCAUUCUGCUCUGCGGACUCACCGCCAUCGUUGUCACGAUAGUGUCCCUGCUCACGCCGCCGCCCAGCCACGAACAGUUGUGCAACCUGACCUGGUGGACUUUGACUGAAGAGCCACCGAGAGAAAUCCCCCUCCAGAAGGUGUCCUCUGUCAGCCACCGUAGCGCCCAGGCAGGCUCUGAGCCCACCCGGCGGGGGACAUGUGGUCGGGGGACAGGACUUUGCGUCUCAGCGGCGCGGCGCCCAGAGGAGACUCCAACUCCCCGAGUUCAAAACGUCCGAGAGAGCGUGUUCUGGUCCAGGUUCUGCUGCGUCAAUGCGAUAAUGGUGGUCAGCAUUAACAUUUUUCUCUACGCGUACUUUGCCUGAGGAUUUAACAUCCUGUUUCAAUCUCCUUUGCAACUCUUGCCCAUAUCUCCACAGACCAUGGUGAAAAAAACUUUUUUCUUUUUUUUGUCAUGACUUUACACAAAUCCUGCAGAUGGUAGCAUCACGCUUUGAAAAAAAACACUUUUUAAACUACUUUUUUAACCAAGAAAACAGAGAGAGGACAAACCACUAAAUGAAGACAACUUUAAGAAUAAUCUGCAUCUGUAUCCACAUCCGUGUGGAAUCGCCCACAAUGAGAGAUAAUGACAUGGGAGAAGUUCAGGAAGCUCAAAAGUUACAAAAAAACUUUCAAAAAGUCACCUGGUUUUAAAAGUUUGAGAAGGCUAUUGUGCAAAUCACAAUGAAGCUUGUGGCUUGUAACAAGCUAACAUGAAGGUGCAGGUAAUAAAAUGCUAACAAAAUAUAUAGUAAGAAUACGUUUAUGUGGUUCAGAUUGUAUACUUCGGUUUAGUCCUCAUACCUAAUUACCUAAAUACCUAAUAGUAAUUACAUAUUUGUUAAUGUUAUGUUUUUCAGGGUUUUGUAAAACCUCAGUUAUUGUUGUAGUGUUUUUAUCUUAUUUAGCUUGUUUAUGUUGUGUAUGUUGUUUUGUAAACGUGUCAACCUUUAAGUUUGAAUAUACACACUGUGACACCUAAAUGAACAGGAAAUAAUUUAGAAAGUUUUAGAAUUACGAUUUAUCGGAACUGAAAAUGGUCUUAACAACAGAUCCUGUUCUAUCAAAUGUUUAUUCUUGUGAUUUCUCAAUAAAUAAA